AGACGCAAAAAAGCUUUAAGUUUAGUGGGCUGGAUAGUCGGACUUGAAGUUCUUUCCCUGGCUGCCUGUUAUUGGGGAUUCGACCGACUCAACGCAUCGUCCGAUAACCGAAGGAAAUUGAAGAACUUCAGCCCUUCAUUAUUGGAAGGAUUUAAGAGGCAACAACUCUGGGGCAACAUCAGGUCAAAAGUUGUCACCUGCUGAUAUCAUCCGUAUUGCUACACAGUCUGAUAAACCUCUUUACAAACUUAAUAAGAAGGAGCUCGAUGAGCAUAUAAAAAGUCAGGGUAAAAAUUGAGCUCUUUAAUUAUUAAUUAGUAGUAGAUUGAAAAUCUACUUAGUAUGGAGGCAUCAGCAGAUCUUAUGCCUGAAAGGCUCCUACGGAGAGGGCGAGAACUUCAAUUUGAACGUCAACGCAAGAAGCAAGACAGAGAAUUAGAGGAUACCAACAGAAAAGCUUCAAAUUACUUCUUGGAUCAAUUUUCCAAGAGUCAUCUUGAAAUAGAAGAUGAACUCAAUAAUCUAGCUAGUGGUGUUGUUGAAAAUUCUCUUAUUCCCUCUUCUAUUCACAAAAUUAGCAAGGAUAUCCAGACACUUCAGAAGCACUUCUCUGCGUCUACCAUGAUAUUAUGUUUACAUGAUGUUCGUAAAUCUCAAGAACGCAUCCAAAUGUUACAACAGAGAUUGCAUGAACUUGAGGAACAGCUCCUUCCCAAAAAGAAGUUUGGUUUCAAGGCAAGAAAGCCUGUGAACAAAGAAACUGUUCAUGUUAAGGUUGCAGAUGAAAUUGAUUGUGGCGAGACACUUCAAAAAAAAUUGAUUGAGAAUGAUUUUGGCGUUAAAAAUAAAACUAAUGAAAGUAUUAUCAUGCGGGGGAAUUCUAUCUUAGAUAAAGAUGUUGUGCUUCAAAAUUUAACAGGAUGUACUGUAAAAUUAAUGGGCUCUCCAGGUACUUUGCACAUGUCUAAUAUGCAAGGUUGCACCAUUCUCUCUGGACCAAUUGUCAGAUCAGUCCUAAUCGAAAACUGUAAAAAUUGUAAAUUUGUUUUGCCCUGCCAGCAACUGAGAGUCCACAGUAGCAGUCAAUGUGAUUUUUAUUUGCAUGUCACUAGUAGAGCUAUCAUUGAAGACACUGUCUCUGUCAGAGUUGCUCCCUACAAUUGGACCUAUGAUGAAAUUGACAAACAAUUUUCUUUGUUAGGGUGGGAUUUAACGAAAAACCAUUGGGAUUCCAUGGAUGAUUUUAAUUGGCUUGCAAGUGAUAAACCCUCUCCAAAUUGGUGUAUAUUGCCCGAAAGUGACCGUGAGAUUUGGAGCUGAUGUGUGACUGUUUGUUAUCUAGUUAUUGAAUGGAAUAAAAUUCACUCACAUUUACCCAAA